AUGGCCGUCGCCCUUUUGCUGGGCCUCGCCGCCACUCGCCCGCGCUCCGUGGCAUCCGGCCUCGCCGCCACUCGCCCGCGCUCCGUAGCCUCCGCACACCGCCGCGCCGCAGUCCGCAUGGGCCUCUUCGACGCGCUCGCAGAGUCAAUGAAGAACGACGAGACGCUCGGGAAGCGGGAGGGCGCCGGCCUGAGCAAAGAGGUGGAGCUAAAGACGAUUACUUGGAAGGGCCCCAAGCCCGACAACUUUUGGGAGCAACAGCCCGUUUCGACCUCCCAGGGACAGAAGCUGGCCGACGUGGCGCGGCAGUCGGGCAUCCCAAUCAAAUACUCAUGUAUGGAGGGCCACUGUCGAGUCUGCGACGUGGUCGUGGACGGCAGGCGGGUGCCGGCGUGCGUUGCGAGGUGCCAGAAGAAGGACGUCACCAUCGAGUACUUCGGCUCGGUCGCGCCAACCAAAGCGCCGCGCAAGCAGCCUCCGCCUCUGCCUCCGCCGCCGCCGCCGCCGCAGCAGCAGCAGCAGGCGUUUGGGAUGAGCUUCGGGAACCCCUUCGAGGCGCCGCCGCCGCCGCCGCCGCCUCCGCCGCCGCCGCCGCCAGCGCCAGAACCGCAGGCGAAGCCGGCCUUCGGGAUGCCGUUUUCGCUGCCCAACCCGUUUGACACGGUGGCGGAGGCGGCGCAGGAGGAGGAGGAGGGGGAGGAGGAGGAGGGGGAGCCCGCGCUCAGCCUCGAGGAGCAGCUCAAGCAGGAGAUGGCGGGAGGCAAGGGGGGCGGGUUUGGGGGUGGGUCCGGACGGCCCGGCGGAUGGCCAUUCGGAUGA